AUGACAACAGUAUUUCCAUCAGAAGAUUGUUCAAAUUCAAAUUUGAUUACAUUUGAAGACGUUCCAACCACAGAUGCAAUACCAAAUGGAUAUUUUGAUUUAAUAUGGAAUAAUGCAUAUAUUAUUGAUACAACUAUCUAUUCACAAUGGAGUGGAAGUGGAUUUCAUACAGCACUCACUAGUGGAAAAAUCGUGGCAUAUAAUAUGAAUGGCGAUCGAAUGUCGAUUAGUAGUCGUGCAAAUUCAUCAAAUGGUGUAUUUACAAUUAAUUCCUUUGUAGCCGCUGCAGCUUGGAAUGAUAAUUUAUAUUUCACAGUUAUUGGACAACGUUUAUCCACAAUAUUGUACACAAAAACAAUUAUAUUGCAAAAGACUUUAUCAAAAUUGAUCGUAUUAAAUUGGACUAAUAUUGAUCAAAUUAUAUUUUACGGUUCGGGCAGACCACCUAAUGGUGAUGUUUUUAACAGUAGAGAAAUAUUUGUAAUUGAUAAUUUAUGUUUGAGGUAA